UGAUCUUGAGCCAUCGCGAGCAAGUCGCUGACUCCCAAUGAGUUCACCUUCACACAAUUAAGUUUUUCUCCCGGAGUGCCUCUUCUUUUAAACAUUAUCCUCCACGACAACCAUGAACGGCUCUCUACUUUCUAAGACGUUGGAUAUUAAACUCAAGCGAGGGCCGGCAGGUCUAGGCUUCAACAUCGUGGGCGGCGUGGAUCAGCAUUACAUCGACAAUGACUGCGGCAUCUAUGUGUCCAAAAUCAAGGAGGAUGGCGCAGCGGCGCUGGACGGGAGGCUUGAGGAGGGUGACAGGAUUUUGGCGAUCAAUGGCAUCAAGCUUGAGGAUCAGACACACAAAGCUGCAGUUGAUUUGUUCCGGACAGCAGGGGAGGAUGUGGAGCUACGUGUUCUGAAAAAGUCUUCCCAUCAUACGAACGGACCAUUUGAGCCCCAAGAUGAGCAUGUACCUCCAGCGCCUUAUCUGGGAAUAUUCGCCGCGCUAUCUGGAGCCGCCGCUGUCAUCCUGGCAUUUGUUUACAUCCGGCAUAUCAGAAGACCAUUUUAACAAAGCUUUUUUUUGUUCAACUGCUUGCUUUAGACCAAAAAAAAGGAAGGGGGAGAGAAAAACACUAUAUAUAUUUUUUUUUUCGACUCGCGAUCGUUUGCUGCCAGCCCCUCAGAGUUGAAAUGGAUUGGACAUCUGCUGCUGUCAAUGGCAGCCAAUGAGUUCACCAAUUGUGUGUGGAGGCUAAAACAGCGCAUAUCUUGCCCAUGACCUGUAAGAGUGCUGUCACGGUUAUGGGAAGUUGAGUUCUGUGUAAAUUAUUGAAAAUGUCAAAAAGCAAUGUUGAUAAUGAUAUUGAUCAAAGGAAUUUAGUUGAAAGCUCAACUGGACUGAAUAAUGUAAAGCAUUCAUUUUAUCAAUGUUUGCAAAUGUAAGUCGGUUCUUGACGAAUUUGACAGAUUGGUGGAUAAAAAUGGAAUGCAAUACUAGGGUGCGACCUGCAGCGGUGCUGUUGACUCACUUUCAACUUAGAAAAUCAUAUGGAUGUUCCAUUCGUAGUAAAAACAAAAAUCCCGUUUGAUCAAACGAAUGCCAUCAAAUGCAAUGAUUCUUCAUAUUUCUAGAUGAUUAUAAAUAUAUUUAGUAAACAUAUUUUUUUACGAUUAAUAUAUCAAAUGUUGAAAUGUUGCUAGCAGUUAAUGAUCAUGUCCAGUGCCAUUGACGUUGACAGGCGAACGAUCCAAUUGAAAUGAGAGGGGUGGCAGCGAUCGACUGCUUCUUAUUUUAAUUUGAUCGUUUGCCUGUCGCCGCCCAGUGGCAGCCAAUGAGUUAAACAGAUGUAGAGUUUCAUCGUCAAAUGAAAAGAGGAUCAACUAGUAUCCAGACAGUACAUGCAUAGUAUUAACUCGCCUUGUCACCAAGUCAGCGCGCUUUGAAUUUUACGUAUUAAUUCAAGACGCUGCAAUAUUUGUGUUUUUGUCCGUACGCCGCCAUUUUUCCAAAUGCUUCCUUUGUACAUUCCUCUUCAUUGAGCAGCACGGAGUCAGUAGUUCCUUAAAGUAAGAGGGAAAUUUCAUGGGUUUAAAAGGUUUAUUUUUGCACUAGCCACAAUCAUGGAGCGUGUCCAGAAAGUUUCUAUUCAUCUGUCGUCUUGUAAAUACAUUUUAUGUCACUCUGCUGCUGAUUGUGAAUACUGUACGCUGUAUGCCGGAGGAGGAAAGAAGACAAUAAAGUGUUUUACAUCAGACAACUGUACAAUUCAUU